AUGGACCCUCCCAACACAACAAGUCAACCCUCGGUCGAGAAUCAAUCGAAUCAAUCCUCCUCCGAGUCACUAUUCCUGAAUAACUUAUUCAAGCAACCUCACCCGUUGUUUAUCUCUCAGUUAUACACGACGGGAAAAUACACAGACCUUAUCAUCAAGUGCCAAGGAAAAGAGUUCAAAGUCCAUCGAGCAAUUAUUUGUUCUCAAUCAAAGCCUCUUGCUGCGGCUAUAGAUCACGGAUUUAAGGAAGCUACUGAUGGUGUCUUCGAUUUCGACGAGGAGGAACCAGAGAUUGUGGAGUACAUGAUCCGAUUUCUUUAUGAUGGUCUCUACUCUGUAUCCAAACAACAGAAGCAUCCUGAUACUGCGACGUGGGGAGGAAACGCAACUUCUGCCAUGCCAGAUGGAACAUUUCUUACUGGAGAUUCAUCGGACCCGCCAUUUUACUUUACUAAGCAAUCCUUCCGCGCUACAGCAAACAGUGAUACAGGUGGACCUGAGAAAGUCUUUGGAUCAACUCUCCCGGCUGGGCAAAAGUUAUUUCCAAGCUUAAACGGCGCCUCCAUUUUCGGACCUCCACAAGCACCAAGAGAUAGUGGACGCAACUUGUUCAGCUAUGUACCCCAAACUCGUGAAAACUCGUCGUUAUUCAGCCUUUACCGCGACGUUGCUCCUCGUACUGCACCUGCACCCGCAACUGGAAACAAUUUUCGCUCUGUUUCUCCAACUACUACUCAAGCAACUACCUCUCGGUCGACAUCAAACGUAUUUGAGCCCAUUGUUUUUACCAAUGCCUCGACAACUGGAAACUCGUUUGCUCCCAAUGCUCCUGUUGCUCCUGUCGAUGCCCCUACAACUGCGACCGCGUCCUCAAUACGGAACUUGCUUGGUGCACCCACAGAGAAUACUUCGCGCAAUAAUAUCGAGGCAGCAAAGACUCCAAUCCAAUUAUCAAAAGGCAAAUUUAAUUGGUCAGGUCGUGGUAGUCUUUUUGGCAAGAGCGCAACUUAUGGUCUGUCGUCCGAAAACAUCGAGCUUCAAGCGGAGGAUUUGAUCAAGCAUGCAAAGGUCUAUAUCAUGGCAGAAAAAUACGAUAUCCAGACAUUGAAGAGACUUGCUCGUCAAGGAUACUCCUCUGUCGCAGAUAAUUACUGGAACUCUUGUUGCUUUGUUCAAAGUAUUGAACUUAUUUUCGAUGGCACACCUGAUAUUUCCGAAGGUGAUGAUCUUCGAAAGGCUGCUCUGGAAGUUGCUAGUAGAUAUAUGAAACAACUUCUAGUGAGGGAAGAUUUCGCUCAAAUGUGCCAGGAGAGAGGUGAUAUCAGUUUCGCAAUUCUUCAGUGGUCUUCGUGGUCGAUGUAA